CACACUAUUGUUUUGGCUUCGGUCACACUGAGUCUGUUCAUCAAAAAACUAAAAAUUAUUUAAGUAUUUAACAAUUCUAAAUUAAUUGUGGCCCCCUUGAGUAGUGCCAGUGCGUAACCAAGUCCUUAGCCCACACAGCGCGACAACGCGAAAACCAUGGUAGUGUCGGAGACGGAAAAGUGAAGAGACUGCAGUGAGAAAUCGAGAAGUAAUCCACAUACACGCAUACACGAACCGAAAUCAAAAGCUUCGCUCUCGUAUCGCACACACGCACACACCAACACGUUCACCCACUGAACUCAACCCAACUCUCUCACACACACACACACUCACACACAGAGAGAACCUGAGAGCGCGCCAAGUGAAUCAGCUACGAUCGAGCAAGAUCUCUCCGGAAAAUCCAUCAAAUCGCAUCCUCCAAACACGGCCGCCAACAUGCAGAGCGACUUUCACAGAAUGAAGAACUUUGCCAAUCCCAAGUCUAUGUUCAAAACAAGUGCUACCAGCAACGAGCAGACGGCUAACACGGUGGCCCCCGGUCGCCCAGACCCCACACCGCCGACUGCUCAGGCACCCGCUGCAGCUCCCGCCAAGGAGAAGGAUCAGGAGCAGCCCAAGGCCCCGGCAGCAACCGAUGCCGCUGCCCCAGCUGCUACCAGCGCUGGCGGCGAUGAGGCCGUGCGCACCGAGCAUCUGUUUAAACACCCGCUUCAGAACACAUGGACCCUGUGGUAUCUUGAGAACGAUCGGUCCAAGUCUUGGGAGGACAUGCAAAACGAAAUUACCAGCUUCGACACCGUCGAGGACUUUUGGAGUCUAUACAAUCACAUCAAGCCGCCAUCAGAGAUCAAACUGGGCAGUGACUACUCGCUUUUCAAGAAGGGAAUUCGUCCCAUGUGGGAGGAUGCUGCCAACAAGCAGGGCGGUCGCUGGGUGAUCACCCUCAAUAAGAGCUCCAAGAGCGAUUUGGAUAACCUUUGGCUAGAUGUGCUGCUUUGCCUGAUCGGCGAGGCAUUCGAUCACUCGGAUCAGAUUUGCGGAGCUGUUGUCAAUAUUCGCGGCAAGAGCAACAAGAUCUCCAUCUGGACUGCCAACGGAAACAACGAGGAGGCCGCCUUGGAAAUCGGCCACAAGCUGCGCGAUGCCCUGCGUCUGGGACGCCAGAACUCGCUGCAGUAUCAGCUGCAUAAGGACACGAUGGUCAAGCAGGGCUCCAACGUCAAAUCGAUUUACACUUUGUAAGCAGACGGGCCUCGCCCGCCAACCGAUCAUGCUGAGUUUAGUUAGUUUUGUGUUUUUGCCUCUAUAUAUGGUUAUAAACAACAGCACUCGUGUCUAAGACCCGCUACCCCAACCCGAACCUAAAAUGAGAACCAUUUGUUAUAAAAAGAAAUUUCGGCAAUUAUAAAAAUGGAUCCGCUUUUUUGUAGUCAUUUUCGAUAAUGGAUUAAACGGAAUAUAAUAAUACUAAUAAUAAUAAAACUACACUAAGACCGGA